GGCAUAAGAAGCUCGCGGGAAAACGCGCGGCCCGUACGCAUCCCGAGAGAGACGAGCCGCUUUCAGGUACGCGUGUGCGUGUGAAACAGCGCGUUGGUGCGUGUGUUUACAACCUGUGGGUGGUGCGGCAGCGGCAGCGGCGGCGUUAGGCACCGAUUACGCGAUAUGGAUUCGUGGUGGACACGGGUGGAGGCGGAAGACGGCAGAUGACGGGAAACGCGGCCGAGCCCGGCGAGAGGAGGCGCCGAACGAAAGUGAAAACGGAGGACUGCACGGUGCGCACUGUGAUGGGAGGAUGCGUCGCCCUCGGGAGAACGACGACGAAGGGUGCUGGGAAGAUGAACGCCGGAAGGCGACGAAUGCCUUGAGCUCUCCCCGCUGCAAACCCGGUGGAUUGUGUGCGCAAGGACCCACCCUCUUUAGAAUUCCCCGUCCGUAGAGGAGCUCGUGUCGAAGACAAAGACGAGGGGGUCGGCGCGCGAGAGGGGGUGAAAGGAGCGAGGAGAGGCGCGAGGGAGAGUUCGGGGGAGUUCCCGAGAGGUGCGGUUGAGCCUGAAGGGAAGGUGAAAAAGCGAGAGGGAGAUAAGGAGAUAAGGAAGAUGGGCGAGAGCUCGCCGGAUCUCAGCCUCCGGCUACGCCAGGGCAGCUCCGACUCCAGAGACUCCUUUUACAUGGACUUCGCGCAGGGUAUCGAUUCCGAUAUCGAGGAAGUGACGCGGCCAGGCGAUAAUAAUUCUGAUCCUAUGCUGGAAAAUCACCUAGAGGAGAACGGGAACGACCUACCGCCGAUCGAGGACAUUACGACGAUCCCUGAGGAGGCCUCGGAAGAAUUGAGGGAGGAGGAGGAGGCGGCCGCAUUGGAGGCCGCGCUUCGAACGCCAGACGGUGGCACGAUUAGCACGGAAAUCGAGAAACCGUCGGCCGCGACGAUCACGCAGGACUGGCCAGGACUGCCGGUUGCGCUGCCGUCACCAGCCUCACCAUCGGCGGUAAUCGUUUCGCCGGAAACGCUGUCUAGACACAGCAGCAGCUCACCUUCUCGCAUUCACCGGCCACCCCAGUUCGCGUUGGCCCUGCCAUGCUCCUCACAACCGAUUCCGGCGGUCUGCUAUCCGGCGCCGACCUUCCUCGAGGUCACCGACGAGCGGAAGUGGAAGAACCUUGGAUGCGACGCCCUGGCGACCACUCUGAGCGCGCUGUACGGGAAACUUCUGGUCGUGAUGGGGAUCGCCUUUCCCAUGGCGGAAGUAAUAUCCACGUACAUACCGCCGUCAUUCUACGAGGCUUUCUACCUUUACCUCUACUUCGGCAGCAUGAUCUUCCUCGUGUACAUGUACGCCAUGUUGUUUACGGACAACAAGACGAAACCAAAGAAGCAGAAGGACGUGUGCGAUCUGGACUCGUCGAGAUCGUCGAGCGGCGCCGGCGGCGACAGCGACGCGCCUGAGACCGGAUGCCCGCACAUGAAUCCGGUACGUCCGGUCCAGCACUAUGGCAGCUUCUAUCUGCGAAUGGGCGCCGUGGCGUUCGGCAUCGGCUCGAUGAUCUACUCGGGGCUGGAGUUCGGCCAGUACUUCGAGCUGGAGCAGAACACCAAGUGCCACAACAUCAUGCUGGCCCUCACGCCCGCCACGAGGAUGGCCUUCAUCUUCAUCCAGAUGUACUUCAUAUUCCUGAACAAUGAGCAAAUGAAGGUUUAUCGUCAUCGCGUCGUGGCACGUUUCGGAUUAAUGCAUAUGAUCGGCACGAAUCUAUCAGUCUGGCUGAAUGUUCUUGUGCAAGAAACAAAACACGAGAUCCUCACAUUUUAUAAUCCGGAAAACAACUCCCUCAGGAUCUCUCACAGACUAGGCACGAAAGGAGGACUUCAUCUCGGUGGUCACAUCCAUUCUCAUCACGGAGAACACGUGCGACUGCCGCGCGGUCUCAAAGGACCCCAUCACAUGUUCGAAUGCAGAAGGACGAAUAUAAUGGGAUCAUUGGUACAAGACGCCAGUCCCUUUCUCUUCCCGUGCACGAUAGAAUAUAGCCUGAUCUGCGCGGCUAUUUUAUACGUAAUGUGGAAAAACAUAUCGAAAGCCGGAUUUACGCAACCCACGAUGCCACCGCAUCAUCACGCACACGCCUACAGGAAAUCGCCUCACCAUUAUAGCGUAGACUGCGCCCGCGCGCACAAAGGCCUCUUCGUGGGUAUUCUAAUUCUGGUGCUGACCAUAAUCUCCCUGAUCCUCUUCUUCGUCCUCAUCUCGCGGCCUGAGCUGGUCAGCCUCGCCGUGACCGAGGUGAACAUCUGCGAGCUGACGCUCUACGGGAUGUCGACCCUGGCGACGCUGGUCGGCAUGUUUCAAAUGCGCAAACUACGCUACGACGGCGGCAGAAAUCUGGAGCUGGACAAUAUUCUCCUGGUGGCCGCUCAGACCGGCAUGUUCAUCUACUCCACGUUCACCAUCAUCGGCGGUCACUUCACCUUGCAGAAACACACGGUCCUCGUGCUGGUCACCGCUCUGGCCAGCGUCGUCCAGACCACUUGUCAGACCAUCUUCAUUCUGGACGCGUCCAGACGCACGGUCGCCACCGCCGAGCAGAUACGCAGAAAGCCGGGCAGAGAGAUUGUGACGUUCCUCCUGGUGACGAAUCUGGCCAUGUGGGCGAUCAACACGCUGGAGAAGUCACGAGCGGAGUCGCACCCGGUGCAGCUGCACUUCUAUGGCUUAUGGGCGUGGACGAUCAUCACCCACGUCUCGAUGCCGCUGGCGAUCUUCUACAGGUUCCACAGCACCGUGUGCCUGUGCGAGGUGUGGAAGCGGGCCUAUAAGGUGAAACCGACCUACAUGUGACGCAAGGGGUCCCGUGAGAUCGUAUGGAAGACCGGUGGGAUCCCGUCGCGGCCCAAGAGUCAACUGUCGAGGCUUGACGCCAUCGCGGAGAACGAUUCGGCGUACUUCAUAUGAUCGAGAAAGACGUCGAGUCGCGACGGAGAUUGUCGAAUCGCGCGACUGGCGCGAAAACCAUCUUGGAGAGCGGCGUUAUAAGUAGACAUCGAUAUCUUUAGACGGGCAGAACUUUUCUAGGCGUCCGGAUCCACGAUUAAUACGCGUUAAUACAUACAUGACAGUUCGUACACACAGUAAUUUGUAUCAAUUUCAGGGUAUUUCGGAAAGCUAACGGUAUAUAAAAGCAAAUAGACUUGGAGACUCGACAACGGUGUCUCGAUAUUAUAUACGUAAUCUGAUUACAAUUAGAGAAGAAGACUUUCGGCACAAAAAUGCUCAUAGAGACUAAUUGUCCCAUAAACAUAGGUUACUUCGUCAUUUAUCGACGGUCAGUGUUCUAGCUAGCCUUGUACGAAUAAAUGUUGGCGAUUUCCAUAGAGUUUACACAGCGCCAUUGUGUAAGUCUAAUAUUAUUUUCCAAAAUGGAUCAUUGUCCCACCGAGAAGUAUCAUUAUGGCUCACGUUAAAAAGAAUAACUUUAUCAAGGUGCAAAAAUCAUCUUCAGAAAUGAGCGUAUUGAAAUCUUAUCGAUUAUAGGCCAAUAUAUCGAAGCACUAUAUUAUAUACAUUGCCUCCUUGAUCCCUAGUCGAUUACUUUUUAGAGAUUUCGACGAUUAAAUAAUCCUUUUAUCCACCAGCGAUACCUGUAAAUAGCCAUUUGCGGCUUCAUCGCGCUAUAAAACCGACACAAAGAGGGGAGAUUUACAAAUCGCACAAGCACGCUUAUCAGAAUCGCAAUGCUCACGCGACAAAAGGGACAUUACACGUGCGCAUUGACGCUUGCCAUUAUCACAACUUUUGCCCCACAGCGAUAAUCCUGCGGAACAAAAAUAAUAGAACAAAGUCACGGUACAGGAAAGGAGAAUUUCAUUCGAUAAAGGAAGGUUCCAUCGCGAUAGCAAUGGAUAAACGAUCUCGUUAUUCGCACUCUGUUUCACAAUAACGAAUGCGAAUCGAUAGGAGAUAAGAACAGCAUUUAUCUGUUACAUGAAACAAUAUUUUUGGAAAGUGAACUGGAAAUAAUCAAUUGUACGUCAGAUGAUCAGACUUGGUCAGGCAUAACCUGCAGAGAUCUCCUGCCGAGAUGAAAUUCACUGAUAGAUGUUGAAUCGAUGCCUGUUACAUACAUUUUAACAUUUUUCUCUUAUAGAUAUUGAAAUAGACAUUUCAUUAGUUCAAUCGACCAAAAAGGAACGAUUCGACAUAAAGUCACGGAGAAACAUUGAUCUUUAUUACAUAUUUCAACUGUAACGCUCUCGCUUAAAUAUCAGAACGCAUGAUUCUGUAGGCGACAAAAUGUCCAUUUGUUAGACGUAGAGAGGAUUAGAUUUUUCUUAGAACCAAUCUGGUCGAAGCGUAGGGUCUUCGAUCAAUACGGGAACAAUGAAUCUUCUACGUUCGAUAAAUUUUUCUACUCAUUUCGAGUGACGGAGCGAGUGUUCGGGAAAGAGCUAAAUUUCCUCUUUCUAAAGACUGAAACGUACGUCAGGAGAAUGGUCAGAGCACUAAGCACAAAUCCACUACGAGCCGAUAGAACCGAUAGUCCUGUAGUCCGAAUAUAUAUGGUGCUUGCAAAGCACUUGGACAGUUUCACGGAUAUCCGUCUUCCACGUAGUACAAAACUGCAAUUUAAACCACAAUUGUCGCGUCCAUGCGGACAUGGUUCGAGAGGUAAAAUAAAAGCGACGAGAGAAUUAGAUUACGAGUAUGUUCAAUAGUGCAAACAGCAAAGAUCUUAGCCUAAAGUUCAUAGAUUUUCGUGAUAAACAAAAUUAUAGAACAUUACAAAAUUAUGGAACACUACGUGAUGCGAUUUACACAGAUUUUAAAUAUAAUUGACAAAUAAAUCUCGCAGGGAUUAGAAAUAUUUUGAUAUCGACAAUGAAGAAAAAUAUAUUUCUCUUUGAUUUUCUAUUUGAGAUUUUCUAUUUGACAAGCUCAAAAUCCAUUCGCUCGAUCCGAGAAAUUUAAUGUCUUUCGAGCAUGUUGUCCAUGUAAUUCGAUAAAGAAAGAGAACCAUGUAGAUAUUAAAUAUUCUAAAAAAAAAA